ACGUCAGAUUACGCGCACAUGCGCACAACGACAGGUGGUCGGCGAGUCGACCCAGCUAUUCCGACCGAACAUCGACUUCUCAUGCUCAUCAUCAGCCGCCGUCGUACUCAAGCAAGAGCGACAUGCAGUGCUUUGUGUCGAAGUGGUCGUGGUGACAUGGCGUCUGUGUUUUAAUUGUUUUAAAGCGUUAAAAGUGUUGUUUAUUUACAAUGAAUGUGAAUUAUGACCGUGUUUGUAGACUGUGCUUGUCAUCUCGGUGUGAAUUACUACCUAUAUUUCCUACCACCAGUUCGGAUGACUCGGAUCCUCCUGUCCUCGCUUCGAAAAUAAAAGAUUGCGUGUCAGUUCAGAUAAGCGAAAAUGAUGACCUGCCUACCAAUGUCUGCAGGAAAUGUGUGGACAAUGUCAACAACUGGCACAUAUUUAAGGCUGUUUGUGAAAGGAGCCAAAACAAAUUACAGUCUCUGACUAACAAGGAAAGCAGCCAACUAGAAGAGUUGAAUAUAAAAAGUGAACCUCAAUCUGAUGAAGCCUAUGAUGAUGGAGUGGUCAUUGAUGGAUCAUACCCUGACAGUGAGAAUGCUGGACCGAGUAAAGUCCAACCAGAGGGUCCUCCCAUUUUGGCUUCACUGGGGCUUACACCAAGAAGUGAUAAGGGCAUGGAUAGUGAAAAGGACGAGGAUUAUGAAGAAGAAGAGGAAGAACGGGAAGAAAUGAACGAACAAUCGUAUACAAAUAUGCCCCACAUGCCUGAAGUUUCCAUCACAGUCAUGCGCCCAACUGGCGAAACCCUUCACGCUCGCCAAGGUAUUCAACAGAUUGCUUCUAAGGAUUGCCUUGUUUGCGGCCGCUCUUAUAGAUAUUCUCAUAAUGCUCGCAGACACGAACUUAGUGCACACAGUUUCGAUAGGUACACUAAUAAAACCACGUCAAAGAAAUCUUCUCAUGGUCAUAUUAUGCAACCCAAAUUUAGGCCCAAUCCUUUCAAUCCUAAAGCACGAUUGAUGCCAAAUCCAAUUAGCCACAAGAUGCAGUACAUGCCAAAAGCACCUCCAACUAAAAUGAUGCCGCAAAAAAUUGUGGCACCACCAAAACCUAUUCCAAUCAGAACUGCCAAGCCUCCUCAGAAUAAUUUACCAUAUCCCCUUCGUAUAAAAGCUUUAAAAGACUUGCAAAUAAAGAAAAAGGAGCCACAAAUAUUAAAAACUUUGCUGACAUCUAAACCUGAAGUUUUAGUAUCUGAACCUGAAAUUCUGAACUCGGGUCCAGAAAGUCCAGAGACAUUGAUCUCAGAACCUGAAAUAGCAUCUUUCCAAGUGGAGACGAUCUUAUCAGAGCCAGGUGGUUUUAUUAAUCAACCACAAGACGACGAUGAGAUGGAUGAUGAUAAUAACCAAGAACAAAAUUAUGACACUGUUGAUAUGGAAUCUGAUAAUGAAAUCGAAAUAGCUCGUCAGCAAGAAAGUAAUGUUGAUAUUGAAGAGAAUCAUGUUGAAAAUGAUGGUGAUGAAAACCCGCAGGAUGAAAUCCACGCGGAAGAUGAUCAGGAAAAAGAACAUAAUAUAGAAGAUAAUGGAGACAGUCAAGACAUGAGUGUUGAGAAUAAUGUAGAUGCAGAGCAUGAAGAAAACGCUAAAGAACACGACGAAGAAAAUGGCGAAAAGGUAAAUAAUUACCAAGAUGAAAAUCGUGAAGAUAUGGACGAUGACGAUGAUUUGCCUCCAAUGAGUAUCGCUCCUGUGGUAGAAAUAAAUGAAGAUUUACAGACUAACUCCUACAAUAGUGAAGGUAAUGAAGAAGAAGAUUUAGACGAGACUGUCGAUCCGAAUGAUACUAUUGAUGGUGACGAGAAUUUGAAAGUAUUGGAUCCAGACAAGGUGUACGUAACUAAAACCCAAAGAGAUUUCAUACUUAAACAUCGUGAUAUUAUUGAACAAAUCAAUACCAAGCUUUGUCUCUGUUGUAACAAAGAACACCCACGCAGAAAGGCUGUUAUACAGCAUUUACAGAAAAAUGGCCACAAAGUUCCAAAGCAUACAUGCUAUAAUUGUGUGGUAACUUUCACACACAUUGGAGCUUUACUCAGCCAUAUGAGGUCUAACACUUGCACUGAUUUAUGGAAAAUAAUUUACAACGAGAACGGAAUUACUGACGACAUAGUAAUAGAAGAUGAGCCAAUACAGGAUACAAAAGCUCAAUAUAAAGACAUCCUCAAUGCGAGAUCUUAUGCAUGCAAACUGUGUCCUGCCAAAUUCCAACUGAAGCAGUUCAUAAUGAAACACGUUCUUGACGUACAUGAAGAUGGUCAGUCAAGAGUUCCUCAUUCUUGCGUCCACUGCGGUUUGAGAUUCAAGGAGAGAAGUAUUGGGAAAAAGCACAUUCGCAACGGAGAUUGUACUGUUUACAUCGCUUGCGACUUAUGUUCUGAGAAAUUCUUGAGUAUGCAAGAUUUUAAUGAACACGCCGUGGCCGUGCACGCUGGCAAUUUCGAUCCUGACAGUCAGAGCAAGUGCGUCGACGGCAGACCGACGGAUUGUCCCAUAUGUGGAAAGAAGAAUAGCAGUUAUCCGAAUUUGGUGAAACAUUUGAAAACUAUACACAAUGAAGAGAAACCUCAUCAUUGUCAGCAUUGCGAUGCUAAGUACGAACAGACGGCGGACCUCAAUAAACACAUUUACAUGGAGCACUCUGACCGAAUGCUCGGCAUGACUGCAGAGCCCGACAUGUCUCUCGUGAAGGAGGAGGCCGAGGAAUAUCAUUACUCUUGUACGGAAUGCAACGCCAUCUUCGAGACUGUCGACGCUUGGACUGACCACCAGGUCGCUGAACACAAUCAGGUCGCCCAUCACUGUGACCAGUGUGAAAAGAAAUUCUUGCGCCCCUCGGAACUCGCCGAACACAAGAACACCCAUCUCCGCGUCAAGUUCUACCCGUGCAACAUUUGUUCCAACUCUUACAGCACGCCACAAAAAUUAAACGAACACGCCCAACAAGCCCACCCCGGCGCUCCUGUCCGCAAUUUCGAUAGCGAAUUUUACUGUGACAUUUGCGUACGCUCCUUUAAAAGUCGCCAGGCUUAUUCCAAUCAUAUGCGUAUUCACUCCAAAGUGCCGACGACUAAUAGAAAACCAGGUGAAGCGAAGGGUUUCGCUCCUCAGAUAAUAGGAAAGCCUAUUCGCCAGUUCUCUAUGCAACCAGGAUUUAGUCCUUUCGUCCCGAACGCCCCCUACUGUUGCGAUAUAUGCGGAAAAGGUUUCAUGCAUAAGAAAAACAUAUGGAAACACAAGAAGGUUCUGCACGCGGACCUAUUGAAUGACAGAGUCGACAGCGAGGAGAAUACUAUGCACGCGUCAACAGAAGAAGACGAUUACAACGUGGAUGAAAACGGAGCGCUCCUGUCGACUCCGCAAUUCAAUAGUUUUAAUUUUACAAACAUUCCCAAUAAUGUGCCACUGCAAUCGCCAGAGGGUCUUCCGUACACCUGUGAUUUAUGUUACAAACGGUUUCCACUUCGAACUAGUUUGUGGAAGCACAGGCGUGCUAAACACGGCAUCGCUUAUGGAAACACGGGCGGUACUGAUGGCAAUGCGCCACCUAUGGCCGCAGAAGGUCGAUCGAGUUGUACGAUAUGCAAAAUUACGUUUUCCGACAAGAAAUCUUAUUACCGUCACAGGAAAAACAUCCACAAGUCCUCUGUACAGAUGUGCAAAAUUUGUGGAAAACCGCUCAACUCGACAUUAGAACUUUAUGAACAUUUAAAAGCGGCACACGCGCGCGAAUUGUUGGGCUACGAUGCGAAUCAAGGAACUAGCAAGUCUCAGGAGAUGGUACAAGAGGCCGAGGCGGACUACGACGGAGACCAAGACCUGGUGGACCCCAGUGCCGAAUUCCAAGCGCACUAUCCUUGCGACACUUGUGGCAAACAGUUCGUCGGAUUGUUGGCUUUGCAAAAUCAUCAAUGUAUAAAUCAGAUACAGUCCCAGCCCCAAACGUUCGACUGCGAAAUAUGUCACAAGAGCUACACCUCGAUCGCCGCUCUGAAGAGCCACCGCGGCUGGCAUUUGCGGUCUCCCGACGGCAAGGCGGCCGCCAACAACUCUGGCCUCUGGAUGCCGCAGAACAAAGUGACGACUAAAAUUAGCAAGCAUGAGGUCAUCGAACCAACUCCACCGCCAGCCACUCGUUCUUCUCAACCGAUUGCGACAACCAGCGCCCCAAAGAGAAGACUCCCUCCCGAAGUGGAAGUGACCGUCGUGAAUCCCAACAAGAAGUUGCGAUCCGACGAUUCAAUGGAAAUGGAGAACCAGAACAGCAUGUCAGGGGGGCCCGAAGACAGGUACUGCAAUAUUUGCGACAAAGAGUUUACCAAGCGAGCUGCAUAUCAACGGCACAUGGAUGAGGUGCAUCAGCCGAAUUCAGUGUUCUGUCCGGUUUGUGACAAGAGCUUCACGCGAAAGUCUACACUCAUCGUGCAUAUGAAGAAACAUUACGAAGGAGGGGAAGGGUCGUCUGGUUUGGGCCAAAUGGAAGACGACGGGCACACGUGCGAUGUUUGCGGCGAUCAGUUUGAAAGUGCGAAGGCCGUGAACGCACACAAAGCGGUGCAACACGCGGAGGACUCUGGCGAAUCGGAUGACGAGGGAAGCACGGUGGUGCAACAACCCGGAGAGUUCACUUGCAACCAGUGCGGAGACGGGGUAGCUACCCCCCGAGACCUGAUCGCCCACCGUUCCAUGCACGCCACGCCUUCCAAAUUCUUCUGCAACAUAUGCAAGGUGUACUUCGCCCGAGCCCUCGACCUGUCUUCCCACACCCGAGCCAGGCACGCUGACAACGAAAAGGUGUUUUUCCCUUGUGCCAUGUGCGACCGAUUUUAUAUGAACAAAAAGAGUUUGCAACGUCACAUUGAAAUGAUGCACUGAUUACUUUAAGUAAACUAGGUUUCGAACUCGGUUAUACAUACAGAAUGACUCGUGAUGAUGUUUCAAUGAAGUUACGUGAUAUUAAGUGUCAUUUUCUAAUUGUAAAUACGAUUGCCCUACGUUUCUGGGUGUCCAGCGCAAGGUACUGAGGUAUCUUUUAUUAUACAUUGUCAUUCCUCAGUUGCUGCCACACGGCAAAUAGUUUUUAAUGAUUCAUUUUUUUUUAAAUUGUGUCAGGUCUUUGAUUUAAAUACUAUGCUAGGACUUUGCUCAUUUAUUUUGUUAUUUAUUUUAUUAAUCCAUUAUUAUGAUAAUAAUAAUUUUAAAGAUCAUUGUUUUUUUUUCCAUAAUAUUUCUUAGUUACGGUAUGACAGUGAAUAGGUUAGUUACUAUUAGCAUAGAGAAUCUUUUGGAAUUUGAAUUUAAAUAAUGAUUUUUUUUUAUUUUUUAUGAAAUAUUGGAAAUGGGCCAAAAUUUUUGAAAUAGUCAGUAUCAGUCACUAUAGUGUUAUUUAUACUGUUUAUAUUUGUAAGUAUGACAUGUAUUUUUUAUUAUUAUGAUGAUUUACUUAGUAAUUCGAGUUUAGUUUACUUUAGUUCAGUUAAGUGUGUAAAUAUUUACUUAAUUGAAUGCUAUUUAGGAAUUUGAUAAGUUUAAAAAAAAAGAAGUGUUUGAUUAAGUUCUAUUAAAAUGUACUGAUUAUUUCAUAGUAACUUCAAAUGUAUAUUUUAUACAAACUAAAUUAACCACUAUGGAUGUACUCCCUCAUCUAUGGUAAUUCGAUGUGGCCUAAAUUUAUGAGGUUUUAUUUUAAAUUAAUCAUAUAUUUUGCACAAAAAUAAUUACAGUGACUUGUGCAACAAAAUCAUUUGGUAUCUUAUUUAAAUGAUGAUAUUUUUUAAUGUAAUAAGUCCACAAAAUCAGACUACUUUUGCUUUUAUUAGUAAUCAAUAAAACAGAAAUAUGCAAGUAAAUUCUGUUUAAACACUUAAGUUUUAAUAUUUAAUAAGUUAAAAUAAUGUUAUACAAAUACACUUUCAAUAUCAAAUUUUAUGUAUUUUUUUCAUCAAACAGUGCCAAAUUAUGUAAAAAUUUUGGCUGUACACAAUUUUAAAGCUUGAAAUAUCAAGGCUGGAAGUUGGUCUAACCUUUUCUGCUGUUAUAUUUUGUGUACAUCCAAAUUAUUGCUAUUAUGACAAAUAAUGUACGUAUAUACCAAAUUAAAUUUAUCAAGGAUGCAAAAACGGCGUUUUCGGUGUCAUUACGUAUAAGUAAAUUAUUUUUACCUGGCACCUAAACACACACACAUGCUGUGAUUUUGUAGUGUCUGUAAUAGUAAGGGAGCCCAAGAGAUAAUUUUGGGAUUUACUUAAGCGCGGCUGAUGGACACAAAGCACGAUACCAUGUUUGUUAAGUAUUUCUACCAAUUAUAGCUUAGCCGCACGUUUUAAGCCACACUUCAUAAUUUCACAAUUUAAUAAUAAUCUAAAAUCAGAAAUACUCAUCAAGCGCGUCAGAUUAAGGUAACGUUUCGAAAAUCUGCCGAUUUCAGUGUAACCGAUUCUGGAAAUUUUCGAAAUGCACACUUUUUAGCUAGUAAAACUAACCCAUUAGUUAGACGCAAAGUAUCAUCCGCUAUGUUCAUCCAACGCGCUUGAGUAAAUACCAAAAUCCCCUCAUCGGUUCCCGUACUAUAAAUCGUGCAGAUAUACAAAAAAGCGGCUGAGAAUGUCUUGCGUUCGUACGUAGACAAAUAACACAAUAUAUGAAUAGCUUGAGGUGUCUGUUAAAAUAUAAUUUAGAUUUAUCAAAAAAAUGACACAGUUUGAUUAUUAUUGACACUAUUUUAAGUUCCAACGAAAUAUUUUUAUUGUUGAAUGUCUCUAAAAGGUUAUCAAGUUGUUGUGAGAAAUCAAUUUUUAAUGUACUACUUGUGAGGCGAAAUUAUCGUGUUUUAUUUACAUUUUUAAUCAGGGUCGACUUAUUUUAUUUAUUGUUUACUAUUAAGCCAUGCCAGGGCCCUUGACAGAGUGGCGUAACUAGCAUCUGAUGUUCAUGGAUUCAUUGGAUGGGGCCCAGAAAAAUGGCUGCAUUGUAAUUUUUUUAAUGUUAGGUUUUGGUUAAGGGCAUCAUCUGACCAUGGGCGCAUGACAUUUUGCCCCAACUCGGCUAAUAUUUGCCACUUUAGAGGCCCUAUCGCAUGCAAAAGACAAAAAAACAAUUAUGUAAAUAAAGUUUUAUUAAAUGGUGAUUAAAAAUCAUAAAAACCUUUCCAAGAAUAAUAUGUUGUGAUCACUUGGGUUACUCACUAUGUAUUAGUCACUGUAUGGGCUAUGCUAGAUUUAUCCUCCAAAUGACAAUGUUUAUUAGCAUUAAAACUGGAAAAUCUACGAGCAUUGAAGCAUGUCUGACAUUAGUAAGGUUUACAACUUAAUUGGUGAGAUAUUUCUAAAAGAUCUACAGAUAAGACAUUUAAUGUCUAUCGUCAAUUUUCUGAAAGCGAACGAUUUAGCGAAUAACCCAACAUGUGUUAUGACCUCGGUGAUUUUGGAUUUUGAAAGUUUUCUGUUUAACAUUAUUGGACUGCAUAGAUUUAAAUAAUUUUUUAUACAUUCUUGAAUGAAGUCGUAAUAUUUUACGGUUUUAAUCACAGAAAUAACAUGAACAUUGCUUUCUGAUACAACUUUUUCAACUCAAAUGAAAUACAGGUCAUAUUAAUUAUUAUUUAUUAAUUUAAUUUUGUUAGUGUUUGUAAUUUGUAUUUUUUCUUACAUACAUAGGAAUUAUCGUAUACCUUUUUAUUAAUACCAACAAUUAUUAUAUACUAACAUGUAAUAUUUGCACGAUAACUCUUUAAACAUAGGUACAUAUUAUCAAGUGUCUUAUUGUUUGCAAUUAUAUGAAAAUGGAGAUAAAAUUAAAAUGAUUAUGAAUGUUGACUUGUCUAAAAAAGGAUUUUUACGCGGAAACCCAUUGUUAUAGUGUACAGAUUAUAACAAAUGUUUUUUGAAAUGUCAUGCCAAUCUUAACUUUUUUUAACUGGCGUCUUAACUUAUUACACAUUGUGCUUGUGAAUUGUAACUUUAAAAGUUAGUUCCCGUUGCAUAUCCUAUGACACUCACAAAUAAUGUGGUUUUCUAGUAAUAAAAUAAUUUUCAAAUUCUGUUCAGUAUAUCCAGAGAUUCCUACAACAUCACAAACUUUACCUCUUUUUUAGUAUAAGUGAAUUAUGAAGUGUAAUGCAAGGUAUAAUUUUCACUUCAUACACAAGCACAAAGUGAAAAUGUGUGUUGAUGCCACUUAAAAUAGUCUACAUAAUUAAUAAUUGUAAUAUGUGUAAAUUUUUCUAUCCUGUAAAAUUAUAUCCAUGUUUUGUUAACACAUUUUCGUCUGUAUGCAUAUUAAGUUAAAUUGCUCAUACAACAAUAUUUGGUCCAUAGAUGAGGUUUAUUUUUGUCAUCUUUGUGGUUUCAAUAAAGUGACUUAAUAAAA